GUGUAAGGAAGGGACGCUUGUUAUUGCUGAUGAGCAGCCUUGCUCAUGCAGGCAGCACAAGGACCUGCUGCUUCUACAUCUCCAUCUUUUGUUAUAGUGUAACAGACCUGCAAGAUGCUUAACCUAGCGACCACAGACAGGCAGCACUCAACCACUUUAGACUUUAUGGAUAUCUGUGAAUCCAUACUGGAAAGAAAGAGACAUGACAGCGAGCGAUCUACCUGUAGCACCUUGGAACAGAACGACUUUGAAGCUGUAGAAGCUCUGGUCUGCAUGAGCUCAUGGGGACAAAUGUCACAGAAGCCAGAAGCCCUCAAGAUGAGACCGCUCACUCCUGCGUCUGACUCCUCUGAUUUUACCAUGCAGUGUGAGUCUGCCCCAACGCUGUCAAAGGACUUUCACUCACUUUCUACACUGUGCAUGACUCCACCACACAGUCCAGAUUUUGUUGAGCCCUGCACAACGCUCCCGCCUGACUCCCAUGUCACGUAUUCCAAGACAGUUACUGUCAUGUCGAAUAGCUCAGGAUGUUCAGUCACUUCAUCAAAUCCAUCCAAACCAUUGGUUUUAAGCGUCCACAGGCAGCCUUCUCAGGGUCCAGAAACAUCUCCACCAUGCAGGGCGAUGGCCACUAGUGUGAUACGUCACACUGCUGACAGCUCUGCGUUUAACUACAUUCCUGCAGCUUCAGUGAAAACAAAGGUACCAGCAGAAGACAGAACCUCCCGAGCAAGCAAAAAAGACCAACAUUCCGUACCUUCCAAGGACAUACAGGCCUCUGAUGCCACAAGGAGUGAACCUCUAGCACUGCACCUUUCCCAGCCCACAAAUGCAUGUCCUAACAGAAACACAAGCUGCCAGCUUAAUGCCCAGGCACUUCCACCACCAAAAUGUGAAUGUGAAGACUCUAGUGACUGUAACCCAUCAGCUACUGUUCCUGCACCCAGCCCCCCUGUCAUUUGCCAGAUGAUUCCAGUUAGUGCACAACCUGGUGUUAUUUCUACUUUUAUUAAGCCACCUGCACAGGCUGUAUCCCAUACAGUAAAGCCGAUCCUGCCCCAGAAUGCACCAGUUCCCCAACAAGUGCUUAUGGGGACUUCUAUGUCUCAGGGAGCUGUGAUGUUUGUCUUCCCUCAAGCAUCUGUCACUCAGCCAUCUCCACAUUGUCCACAAACACUUAUGACUGUAGGGAACACAAAGCUAUUACCCCUAGCACCUGCCCCAGUGUUUAUUGCUUCAGGCCAAAGUAGCCCACCACAGAUGGACUUUUCCAGGCAGCGUAAAUAUGUCUGUAACUUUUCUGGUUGCAGGAAGACAUACUUGAAAAGUUCUCACCUCAAAGCACAUCUCCGCACACAUACAGGUGAGAAACCUUUCAGCUGUAGGUGGGAAGGCUGUGAUAAAAAGUUUGCACGCUCAGAUGAACUUUCAAGGCACCGAAGAACUCACACAGGCGAGAAAAAAUUUGCUUGCUCUGUAUGUGACCGCAGAUUCAUGCGCAGUGACCACUUGACCAAGCACGCUCGACGACACUCAGCCAAUAAGAAAAUACCUGCAUGGCAGGCAGAAGUUGGAAAGUUGAACAAAAUUGCAACAUCAGAUGUAUCACAGAACACUGGGCCUUCCUUAGGCAUGCUCUUUUCAAUACCUCCUGCUGUUUAAAAAGUUUGGGGAAUGAAUAAACUUUCAUCAAAAUUCACCUUUGGAUGAAUGCUCUGAAACGCCAUUGACUUUGAACACAUAUACAAUACAUAUUUUGAAUCCAGCCGCCCUAUUAAGUCAUAACCAUAAAUGACAGAAAUUCUGAUAAAUACGCAAUUUUAUAAAAACCUCAAUUUUGCAGAGAAAGCAAAGCUAAAUUUUACUGGCAAUAAUAAGCUAGCAACAGAUGCAGAAUUUUUAAAAGUGGAUUUUUUUCUGCGCUCAUGAUUUUGCCAGAAGUAGCAUGUAUCAGUUUUCAGAAAUUGUGAUGUGUUAUAAUAGGGCAGAAAGGAUAUAUAUGUAUUGCAGAGAGACAGGGCACGUGUGCAGUAAAUAAGAGUGUAUGUGUCUGCUUUCAAUCUGUAAGGCACUUAAAAGGACUGAGGUCCCUGUGAUCUUAAGCUCUCUGCUCUAUCAAGAUUAUCUAAGAAGUCUUAUCAGUAGCAAGCACUCUGAAAUAAUUUUACAAAGGCAAAUUUUAGCUUGAGAGCUGUUUAUCUAGACAUGCAGGGAUGUGAAAUAGAGUCACCUACAUAACAACAUAAUGCUGAAAAAAUGCAAAGAUUUAGCAUAAUUUCUCUCAGUGCUGGUGAGUUUUUGAUCAUCAAUUCCUAAGUGAGUAGAAAAUAUGUUGUUCACAGAGUAUGUUUUUAUCAACAUUGUGCAACUUUUAUUGUGAAUUUAAAUUCUCUGACAGACACCGGAAAUUUGGAGGGCUUGUAGAUUGUUUUUGUUCGUACAAUCAUAUAACGCAACUCUGCCUUUCCCUAUGUGAGUCUGUGUUUACAAGUUUAUAUUGUAUUUAGAUCAACAUAGUUUCAGGCCCUGUAGCUAUACUGUCUGUUCUCAAACCAAAUGCACAUCACAUAUAGGUUAAAACAUAGUUGAUAAGUUCAUCUUGUAUAUUCAUCAAAGGGAAUUUGAAAAAAGCUUGUUUAAUAAGUAUUUGCACUAUUCUUCUGUAUGUAACGUUUUACCAUGUUUUAUCGUAUUGUAUGUAAUCAUUCACUUUCUUUUAUUUAACAUAUGUUAAAUGGGAAUUCAUUUAUGCAUUCAUUAAUCCCAAGGCUGCACUCCUGUGGGGAAGAGUUGAAAAUUUAAUUUCCACAAUACCUAAUGAUAUGUUUAAUGUGCCAAAGCUUGGUAACAAAUGCCUUAAAUCAGGGGUAUAAAAAAUAAGGUUUAGUGGAUCUUUUCAAUUUGACCACUGCUCCUGCUCCUAAAAAUAUGCCUAGCACCUUAGAUCUGUUUUUCUGAAUCUACUAAAAUAAAUCUUCAUAUAUAUUUUAUGGGGGAAUUCUCAACCACAACUUAUUGGAUUAUUCUGCAUGUGUUUGUAUGAAAAGCUCCAUGUUUGGCUCCAAAUUAUAUGUGUGUUGAUGGCUCCCAAGUUUCAGAUAUAUCUUAGCACCUGCCUUACAUUGUGCUAAGUUUAGGGUACAGUGUGUACAUAGAAUGUUUUGUAAAUAAACUAACACAAGGUAUCAACGACCAAGUUUUUGCCUAUUAAUCAUAUCACGAUUCACUGUCCACUGCAGGCCUCUUGUGGAAAGGUACCUAGACAGAAUAAAAAAUCUUGUUUUGUAUCACUGUACUUUUUGAAUGACUCAGUGUUAUUACCUCAUGCAUUGAUUGCUUAUGUAAGCCUUUUUGUGCUUCACGUAGAGGCUUCCUCAGUUGUAUUUUUUUUCUUUCUGGGCCUGUAAUGCUACAAAUGUCACCUGUCCCAUAGCAUACGUUUAUUAAAGACAAUGGCAGAUAUAGGAACCAUUUUAAGAUUUCAGUAAGGGCUGUGCAUGGAACACCACAGUAUAUUGUUGCAUCAUUGCCAUCAAGUGGGUCCUUUGCAUUUAGAAUAUAUUUUAUCAGACUUUUUAAUUUGGCAAAUAAACAGUGGUAGAUGUAAGUUGUAAUAUGAAUUUAUAGGUUCUAUAUUUUUAUCUAGACUUGUAUAAAAAUAACCGAACCCUUUUAUUGUAUUAAAAGUCUAGAUUAAAAAAAAAAACCUGUAAAUUCAUAUGACAGCUGAAAUCUAACAUGACUAUAAAUAACGUCCACAGAGUAAUCCCUACAAAAUAUGUUGGGGAAAUUCUAGUUCAGUAAUGUUUACAAUUUUGUUGUUGUACAUUUAUAAGAAAACAUAUUCUAAAUAUUAUAUACCCUUUUUUCUUAAAAAUCUAUUUUUUAUUUUAUAAACACAUUAUACCAGCCCUACAAAAUAUUGUAGCAAGUAAGGUGAGCCGUGGACUGUGAUAAAAUUGGCAAAGCUUAUUUGUAGUAUUUAAAUCAUGAUGAGUGUACAAAUAUAAUCACUUUUUGUGAAUUAAAUGUACAAAUAUAAUCACUCCCACGUCUUUCAUGCACAAGGAUGAUAUUGGUGCUCUGACAUCAGUGUUACCACUGUGAUUUUGUGCAGUCACCUUUUUAUAUUGCAGGGAUUUUUUAUAGUUGUGUAAUAUUUAUUGAGCUGAGACAUCACGAUCUAGUCAUUUAAUUUUGCCCUUGAUCCUCCAAUACAAUCAUAGAUCGUUUACACACCUACAUUUUUAACAUCUUGGCUGCUAAAGACAGCUAAAACAUUUUCUGGCAACCAGGUGGUUAAACUUGUAUUUCCCUAUAUUCCUCAAGGGGUUAUAUGAGUACCGGUAAAUAAUUCUGCGUACUAUAAUACUAAAUAGGCCAUUUGUAGCAUGAACAGAAAUGCAGCCUUCCUGCAUUGUUUUGCCCAAGUUAUACUAAUUACUUUUUGUACAUUAAGCUUAUAAGUAUUUUCUUUUAUUAAAUAUUUCAUAAAUAUGUUUGUAAAUUCAGUUGUUUUAUGAGACUUUUGUCACUUUUUGAAAUCCGAUAAACAUUUUAUUUGCAUAAAAUAAA